ACCGCACCGGGACCAUCCGAUCUGAGACUCGAGGGUUUAAGUACCCACACGGCCGCACGGCCACACCACGAGACCCCUGCUCCAACUCCAAUCCACCACUCCGAGGCACACGGGCAGCCGUCACAGCCUCGACCGCUUCGGCUUCCCCCGCGCUUAAGAUCAGAGAUGGAGCUAAUCACAAAUGUCACCGAGUAUGAGAAGCUUGCGAAGGAGAAGCUGCCGAAGAUGGUGUACGACUACUACGCCUCCGGUGCAGAAGAUCAGUGGACUCUGAAAGAGAACAGGGAGGCCUUCUCCAGAAUUCUGUUUCGACCACGCAUACUGAUUGACGUCUCCCACAUUGACAUGACCACAAAUGUCUUGGGUUUCAACAUUUCCAUGCCUAUCAUGAUUGCCCCCACAGCCAUGCAGAAAAUGGCUCAUCCUGAAGGAGAGCUUGCUACGGCAAGAGCAGCAGCCUCUGCAGGAACAAUAAUGACAUUGUCCUCAUGGUCUACUUCUAGUGUUGAAGAGGUUAACUCAGUUGGGCCAGGGAUACGUUUCUUCCAGCUUUAUGUCUACAAGGACAGGAAUAUAGUUCGGCAACUCGUGAAAAGGGCUGAAAUGGCUGGCUUUAAGGCUAUUGCACUCACUGUUGACACUCCAAGGCUUGGCCGCAGGGAAGCUGAUAUAAAAAACAGAUUCACCUUACCUCCGCAUCUGGUGUUGAAAAACUUUGAAGCGCUGGAUCUUGGCACGAUGGACAAGACAAAUGAUUCUGGCCUUGCUUCUUAUGUUGCUGGUCAAGUUGAUCGCACUCUUUCCUGGAAGGAUGUCAAGUGGCUACAGACAAUUACCUCGUUGCCGAUCUUAGUGAAAGGAGUCGUGACUGCAGAAGACACUAGACUUGCAAUUGAACAUGGCGCUGCUGGGAUCAUCGUGUCCAAUCAUGGUGCCCGUCAGCUAGAUUACGUUUCUGCGACGAUCAGCUGUCUGGAAGAGGUCGUCAGGGUAGCGAAGGGCCGGCUGCCAGUAUUCCUCGACGGCGGCGUCCGCCGUGGCACGGACGUGUUCAAGGCCCUGGCGUUGGGAGCCUCAGGAGUAUUCAUCGGGCGGCCGGUGCUGUUCUCGCUGGCGGUGGACGGCGAGGCCGGCGUGCGGAAGGUGCUGCAGAUGCUGAGGGACGAGCUGGAGCUCACCAUGGCGCUCAGCGGCUGCACGUCGCUGAGGGAGAUCACCCGCGCCCACGUCAUCACCGACGGCGACCGGAUCGGCCGCUCGCGGCUGUAGAGCGUGCGGUGCAGAUCAGGUGAUGAUCGAUCGAACUGUCCCCUGAAGAUGUGUGUACGUUCAUUAGCCGAUUCGAGAUACUGCAGCUUGUAGCUAUUGUGCUUCCAUGUGAUGUCAGGCAAAUAAAUAGGCUGCGACAGCGUGUUAAUUAGCCGGUUCACGACGUUUGCAGCGUUGUUUGCAGUUGGCAGUGUUAAUUGGUGAUUGAUUCUGGGUUUCUGCCAAAGCAAACUGCAAAAGGAGUCUGAAGUUUCGGCCUCAUUGAGUUGCAGGGUUUAUAAUUUUUACUGAAUCACCAGCCACCAGUGUACGAGAUGAACGUUGAUAGAUGAUGAUAUGGCUACCAUCA